UAUCAGCGAGGGUUGUUUUUCUACUACGCAGCAGGCGCUCAACAUUGCACAGAUGCAUUUGUAAUUCGUAAGGAUGUAAGAAAAGCAAUGCAGGUAUUCGUCCAUCGCUAAAGCCCAAGGAACGGAUAAGAAAGAGAGGGUGACCAACUCACCCGGGAGAAAUGUCUACCAAUAACAACAUGAUGUCCAAGAAGACCGAGUACAUGAAGAAAUUCAGGGAGCCAAAAUGGGAGACGUUCUCGAAGUCUUAUGAGGACUCUCUGAAAUACAGACUUACGCGGAGGUUAAUGGAGCAAACACACAGACCCUUAUUCGCUGAGGGAUGGGACAGCGGGUCAGACUCAAGCGCAACGUCCAGUCCCAAACACCAAGAGGUGAACGUCCCAAAUGCCAAACACUACAUAUCGUCAUCUGAGUCCAAGGACGAGACCGCAGGUUUGAACUGCUGGAAACCGCAGGUGAAUGGAGAAGUUCACACAGACUCUAGUGCUACCUUGGAAAGCGCUGCUCGUCUGGAAAAUGGGUACAAAGCUGUGACUAGUAACGGACCAUCAGAAUCCUUUCCAAAGCGGCGUCAAAGACACCGGGCGCCCCGCUCCGAGCCCUGCUACCCUAAUAAAGAGCUGGAUAGCGAUGAAUCUCGAAUAUCCGUACCAAGAAAACCAUCCAGGGCCAAGAGCCAACCUCCGGGAAACUCCAAGGAGAGGACAUCCAACCGCGAGAACAGACGGCCUUUUAUCCGCUACGACUGGGCAGAAAGACACAUCGAGACCAGGAGGGCACCAAAUAUAAGAGCGUCUGUGUCCGCAGGAGAGAUUCAUCGGGCUGACGUGGGUGUCCAGACACGAAGGGAGUCGAAAAAAAAUGGCCGUGCGUCUGAUCAUCGGAGAGCACGAUCAGCUGACCUGGAGAAGAGCAGGAGGUCGGGGCUGAGUGUGGCGGACGAACGCUGGAUGACCGAGUACAUGCGCUGCUUCUCCGCGCGGCUGAGGUAGAGGCUGAUCCAGGAUCAGUUUAUGUUUGUGGAUUUUACAGGUAACAAAUCCUAAACCAGCACUAAAGGACAAUUACGGAAGAGACUGAUGACAAAAACUGAACUAAAGCAUUCCUCUGAACUCAAACUCAUUCAUAAAUUAUGAAAAUAGCUCAUAUUUUUGAUGCUGGCUACAAUCACUUUGUCAUGAAUGCAUAUAAGGACCAAACAUGUAUGGUUGAAGAUUAAAUUAUUUGCCCACUUGUGAAAUUUUAACCUUUAAUCAAAAAUAUCCCAAGUGCUGUUUAAUAUAGAGUUUUGUUCAUCACAUUUUUAAACAUAAUACUUUGAACAACUAAUUUCUAAUCACUAAUUACUGUUGUUUUUGGCAUGAUGAGAGUGUAUACAUUUUACUAGAUAUUUUGCAUGUUACUAGUAUUCAGCUUAAAGUGCAAUGUGAAGGCCUAACUAGAUUAACUAGGCAAGUCAUUGGACAACUGUGGUUUGUGAUUUAAGACAAUCAAAUAUAUUUAUUUCUUAAGGGGGCUAAUAAUACCGAUCGAUUUUAAUCCAUCCAAAAUUGGAGAUGGCAAGCCACCUUUUUCUGGUGGAGCACCAUAGCCUCGGAUAGUGCUUAAUUUGUAAAUGGCGAGGUAAGCGAUCCGGCAUGUUACCAGAGGAGGGAGAGGUGUCGCGCACGAAAGAGAAGAGCAAGGGGGGUGAUAUCGCGGUCGAAAGU